ACAAAAGGUUUCACAAUUCCAAGUUGGUAUUUUAGAAGCAAAAGCUGGAAUGCCAUAUUUUUAUCCUCUUGCUAAAUAACCAGGUAGGCAAGGGUAAAGUAUUAUAAUUUUAUGCCCGAGCGCACAAAUCUAUUUUACGCUACUUCUGACGAAGGAAUUUUACUUUGCGCUGUACAACUUUGGGUUUUUGUUCCUCGUUAAACCUUCUUGGAAGUUCCUUUUUAAUGCCGAGUUUAGUAGACUUACCCGUAAAGCAAACAGUUCAAGACAAAAUCGAAUUAUGAAUGUUUGUUAGAGACGCGCAAUAAACCUAUUGUUGUAGCCUAUAUAUAUGCUGGUAUAGCUCGAACGUUAUGCUCCAUAGAUCAACCAUUUUGACUAGACGUGUUUUCAGUUGCAGUGAAGCGUAAUGAAGGUCUUACCUUGCAUGUGCAUUUUGCUACUUAAAGUGUCAGUUUUUGAAGUCUUUGCAGUUCCUGUUGUGAACACAACUAGUGGAUUGCUAAAUGGAACAAGUACAGCAGAAGCGCAUGCGUUUUAUGCAGUCCCCUUUGCCCAACCACCUAUUGGGAGUUUAAGGUUCAAGUCACCCUUGCCGGUUUCGCACCAAGGAUCGUUAGAUGUGUCGGGAUAUAAGUACAUCCAGUGUCCUCAGAGCAACGGUCUAUACUACACCGAAGACUGCCUUGUACUUAACGUGUUUGUUCCCUCAACUUUAAACCUUGACACGGCUAUUACACCCGAAGACCGUCUCCCGGUCAUGGUAUGGAUAUACGGAGGAGCGUUCAUGUUUGGAGCUAUCGGUGACCCCGUAUACGACGGCAAAGCACUCUGCAACAGAACCAAUACUGUGGUAGUGUCGGCGAACUAUCGACUUGGGGCUUUUGGAUUUCUCUCAUUAAACGAGGGUGAUGUGGUUUUGGAAGGUAACCAAGGAAUACGAGAUCAACAACUAGCUUUGACGUGGGUCAAGGAUAAUAUUGCUAACUUCGGUGGAGACAAGGACAAGGUCACAAUAUUUGGAGAAAGCGCUGGGGCACAGUCUGUAGUUUUCCAUCUUGUGUCGCCAACAAGUGAAUCGCUCUUCCACAGAGCAAUAAUACAAAGCAGUCCCGCUUAUUAUCAAUUUUACACAAAUACUGAAGCAAACGAGUUGACCAGGUUUUUGCUCCAAACCAUUAAUUGCACUGGAACGCAGGAAAUUCAAUGUUUAUUAGAAAAAGAUGCAAGUAUCAUCUUGUCCGCUUAUCCAGCUGUUUCUAACUUUGUCAUACAACGUGAAACUAGUUUGGGAGGCAUCGAGCCAUUUCGUCCUUAUGUUGACAAAGUACUUAUUCAAGACCAGCCGUUAAAACUAAUUCAAUCUGGUAACUGGAACAAGAAAGCCAUUAUCGUCGGUGCUAACACUGAAGAAGGAUACUCGCAGACGUAUCAGCCGGAAACGCAUGUCAGCAGAGAAGAGUUUGUGAACUCCACAAUUGCUAACUUUGGUUCCCAAGUCGCCCCUUUAAUAGUAGAGGAAUAUUCCAAGCAAGCGAGCAACGAAGCUGAGUUUAAUUACGCGAAACUAACUUAUGAUUCGGGGGGAGAUGGUAUUUUCGUGUGCCCAACUCGGGCAAUUGCCAGAUUGGCGCACAAAACGACCGACCUUCCCGCUUCGGUGUAUUUCUAUUCAAAUGCUUACCCUCCCAAUGCAUCAACACAUGCCGUUGAGCUUGCUUACGUUUUCAGGACCCUACCCACCCCAACUGCAGACGAUAAUAUUAUCAUGAAUAUGUUCUCUGAUUACUGGGGAAACUUCGCCCACAAUGGAGUUCCGCAGUCUAACACGUUCGCUACUUGGCCCGCCUAUGCCAGUACAGCAGAUGAGCUUUUACGAAUCAAAGUCCCAAACACAACUGUAUUGACCGGACACAAAAGCGAAAUAUGCGAUUUCUGGGACUCGUUAGGAAUCUACAUUAAUCUUACAACUGAUGCUACAGUUGAGAUGACAACCAGCAACGAUAUAGGGAUAAUAGAAACAACCAGCGGCGCUACAUGUUAUAAAUCCACCAAUCCUUUGCUGCUGUACAUGUUAAUGCUGUUUUUGACAGUUUUUACCAACAUUUAAACAACUGUAUCUGAAACAAUUAGAGCGUAUACAAAAAAAUGUUUCGUAAUUGAAACCUAGAUAAUGAUAUUUAAUUACUGCACUUUAAAUUUUGUUUAUUAGGCAAAAAAAUAUAUUAGAUAGUGAAUAUUAUUAUCUGUAUUACACUAAAAACUUUACCCUCAGUUUUACAAAAGUUUAUUUGCGUUUGGUGGUUGUGUAACUUACUACAUAAUUCAACAUAGCGUAUCAAACUUGUAACAGAUUUUAAAAGCAGCAAUGCCUAUCCUGGUCUAUAGCGUAAAAUCGCCAAAUAGCAAGACGCCCAUAUAAGAAUACUACAUGAAGAACGACUCAAAAUAGAAUUUAUAACGGUACAGAACGUGGCCAAGUAUAAAGCUGAUUCUAAAAUCUAAAGGGACAGAUU